AUGUUUGCAAAAACGUCAAUCAGAUCUUUCUCUACGACUGCUCCUAAGGCAGUGAAAGUUUCCACUGUCGGAACCCCAGGAACGGGAGUUUCUUCUUUGAAAGUGAUUGUGAAAAAUGCCGGUUCCAAAACCAGUGCUCCAGGUUUGGCUCAUCUCCUUGCAUCCUCCAGUUUCCUCAACACCAACGCUAGAAGUGGUCUGAGAUUGAAGAGAGAGUCCGAAUUACUCGGUGGAGAGUACAAGGCUACCGUCACCAGAGAUUCUCUUGUGUUGGAGGCCAAGUUCUUGAAAGAAGCCCUGCCAUACUUCGUUGACGCUAUUGGUGAUGUUGUGGCCGGUACUGCUUUCAGACCACACGAAUUCUCCGAACUUGCUCUUCCUUACGCCAAGCACGAGACUGCUUUGAAGAGCACCUCGGAUUUCAAGGCCUUGGAAGCUUUGCACGCCAUCACUUUCAGAACCGGAUUGGGAAAACCAUUGUACUACGACGGUUCCAAGUCAUACACCUCCGAGGACGUUGCCAAGUACGCCAAAUCCGUGUUUUUGGAGGGAAACAUCGAGGUCAUCGGUACCGAUGUGGUCGAGGCCGACUUGAACAAGUUUGUUGCUGAGUCCGCUCUCUCCAAGCUUCCUGCCGGUGAGACUCCUGUCGCCAAGCAGUCCUCUGUUGUUGGCCAGGACGCCAGAAUCAGACAAGCCGGUCCAACCUCUGCUGCUAUUGGUGUCCCAGUCAGCGACGUUGCCACCUUCUCUGUUCUUGCUGCAUACGUCAAGGCAUCGCUGCCAACUUCUGCAACUGCCUCUGUCAGCGCCGAGGUUGCUACCUACAAUGGUGCUUCUUUGUUCUACGUCUUGAUCUCCUCUGCUUCUGGUGCUGAGACCGGUGCUUUGGUUACCGAGACUGCCAAAUUGAUCAAGGAGGCUAAGGACCUGUCCAAGUUCAAAGCUCUGGCUACCUACAAUGAGUUGGCUAACGGAAGCACUGUCGACGUUUCUGCUGCCAAGGCUUCUGUUUCCGUUCCAAAAUUCAACUUGGCCGUUGCUGGUGAUGUUGAUACUGUUCCAUACGCUGACGAGCUCUAA